GAUGCAUUCUGACCCGGUUGCGCAGGGCAAAUUUGAGUGGAAACGAGCCGUUCGAGAGCAGGUGAGUGGCCUCUUUGUUGGGCGCUGGAACAAAUAAGCAGGCCGACUCCUAAUCUCGCAGAAUAUGCAAAGCUGCAAGCAACAAAGGAGAGGUCGGACGCUUAACAGGAGGGUGGCAGUGGCGCGGCGGCGCUGAAGUGCGGUCCAUUCGGACAGCUCCUGUUGACAGAACGCGACCUGCUCGGGACCAGCAGCGGGUCGCUGACACAAUGGUGCGCUAGCCGCUGAGACGGAGGACUGGGCGCAUUGGGAGACUGCUGCACGAUUCCGCCGGGAGAGUGAGUCAGUGAGCAGGAAAUUGGUCGGAUUAUCUGCUCGAACAACACAGGAUUGAUCAUAAGAAGAAUCCAGACACUUGUUGGAGCUGCACAGCAUCUUACCUUCAAGAAAACGAUGGCAUUGACAGGCCCGCCCAGAGGAUGCGGGACCAGCAUCGGCUCCAUAUACUACAACCUGUGUGACCUGGCGGCCGCGUGGGGGGUGGUAGUGGAGGCCGUCGCUGCCGCCGGCGUGCUGACCUCCUUCGUGCUGUUCGUCAUCCUCAUGGCCUGCCUGCCCUUGGUGACGGACAAGGAGAGGAAAGGCACGGUGGCCCUGCAGGCCGGCGUUCUCAUUUCCACCCUGGGACUCUUUGGGCUAGCCUUCGCCUUCGUGGUGGGCCGCGACUCCACCAGUUGCGUGGCACGGAGGUUCCUCUUUGGCGUCCUGUUCUCGGGAUGCCUGGCCUGCCUGGUGAUGCACGGGCUGUGGCUCGUCUUGCUGCGGAGGCGCGGCCGGGGCCCCGGGAGCUGGAUGCUGUGCCUGGGGGCGCUCGGGCUCUGGUUAGUGGAGGUCAUCAUCAACACCGAGUGGCUCCUCAUCACCGUGGUCCGGAACCCACCGAGCGGUACGGAUGCUUCCGAGCUGUCCUGCGACUUUGCCAACCAGGACUUUGUCAUGGCGCUGAUCUACGUGAUGGUUCUGCUGCUCGCCGCCGUGCUGAUGUCCGUGCCCUCGCUAACGCACAGGCACAAGCAGUGGCGCCGAGACGCAGCUUUCAUCCUGGUCUCUGGCCUCUUCACCGUGGCCAUCUGGAUGGCUUGGAUCGCUAUGUACGUCAGUGGGAACCGAGCGCUGGGAGACGCGAGCUGGGACGAUCCCACCCUGGCUGUAGCUGUGGUGUCCAACGCGUGGGUGUUCCUACUCCUGUACGCCAUCCCGGAGAUUUGCUUACUGACACAGCGGGAUCCGGACCUGGAGCCCCCCCAUGAUGGCGACCACAUCUACCCUGCCAGGAGCUUGGUGUUCGACAACAUUCACAAGGAGCCAGAGCCACCCCGCCAGACUGUGUACAUGGAAAAUAAAGCCUUCACAAUGGAAGAACCUCCAACAGUGCCAUCAAAGCCUGUGUCACCAUACGGCGCUUAUAACGGUCAACUGCGAAGCUGCGUGUACCAGCCCACCGAAAUCGCCCUGAUCGCAAAAGGUCUGACCAAGAUGGACCAGGACACGAUGAUGCGCCGCGCCUCGGCCUCUUCUUUGAACGCUGGCGGAAGCAGCAGCGGCUCCCUGGAUCGCUCGUUGGGCUCUUUGGCCUCUUAGCAACCAUAUCUGACGCACGCAGUUCACAGAAGCCUGCCCGCCUUUGGCCAUUUUGGCAUGAUGAUAAUCUGCUCUUUGGUUCCGUGUGUUUUUUGUUUACAUAAAAUCCCAAAAUGGAAAGUUUUUUUUUCUUUUUUGCACCAGGGACAUACUGCAUUAUUCACAGAUCUGGUUUAUAACAAUCAUGAGGUUAUAAUUUUACUGUUGUUGUUUUUUUUUUUUUUGGUAUGAAGUAUUUUUUGUGAGGAAAGAGGUCUUUGUUUGAAGGAUUACCGCGUUAAUCUCAUUUUGAACGCCAUUUUAUCCUGUAGUGCCUUGAAAUAAUAAAAUAAGUAAAAUCCUCAUAAAGCUGUGUGAGAAUUGCUGGCCAGAGAUACAUCUUAUUGCAAACCUACACAUUACAGUGAAAUCAGAAAUUCUGCCUAUAGAAACAAAGAUCGAUGUUCAGUUUGUCUGAAUGAAGCGUCGUGUUACUCGACGGUGAUUCUACAAAAGAGCGCCUGCAUUGGAUCUGAUUGCAGCCAGUUCAGGUGCACCUAAUGUCGUGGCAAGUGUGUUUUUGGCAGUUGCCAGUGGCAAAGCCAUGUGAGGCGUGACGUGAUCUGCCAUUUGCAUGCGUCGGCUCGAUAAGCCUUGCAGCGGACCUUCCACUGGGAGUGGAAACGACACAAGCGGGCAAUAAAUCCAUGUAAUCUCGGCCACUAAUGGGACGGGUGGCGGGUGCGUUAUUGUUUUUUUUGUUGUUGUUGUUGCUGCAAAACAAUGUGCUAUUAUAAGGGCAUUGCGAUUUGGUUGAAUGGAGCUAGACGUUUGUUACACAACAAGCUCAGUGGGUUGCAAGUACCCCACACACGCACACGCACACACACACACA